CCUCGUCAUGUUGGACACGCUCACCUUCCUCCUGCAGAAGCUCUUCCUCCUCGCGCACAUUAAGCUGUCCAGUUUGCUGCCUCCUCUCACGAGACGCAGUGAGCGGGGUGAGUCUCCUCCAUCCGGGUCUCCUCCUCAGACCGCCGGACCUCCAUCCGGGUGUCCUCCGAGGUUCCAGCGGGGGGACCUGCUGGAGGUACCGCGGACUCUCUUUACGCACUUCGGGAUCUACCUGGGGGAGGACCGGGUGGCGCACUUGAUCCCGGACGUCCUCCCGGCGCUGACCUCAGACUCACGUCAGAUCCAGCGGAUGGUGACCAACACGCGCCUGCUGCUCGGGGUGCUCUCCAAGCGCGCGAGCAUCCGGACGGACUCCGUGGAGGACUUCGCGUACGGAGCCGGGAUCCUGCUGAACCACAUGGACCGGACGGUGCUCCGCAGCCCGCUGUCCGGGGAGGAGGUGGCGCAGAGGGCGGAGCGGCUGGUGGGCUCCGUGUCUUACAGCCUGCUGUGGAACAACUGCGAACACUACGUCACAUACUGCAGGUACGGGAGCGCGGAGAGCCUGCAGACCGACCAGUUCUGUGAGUGGCUGAAGUCUCUGAUCCGGGACCAGCGUAACGUCCUCUUCACGGCGCUGUUUGGAGUCCUGUCCAUGGCGUGUUUGGGAAUAUCCUCCAGCACGGCUCUGCCGACCCUCCUCGUCCCCUUCACCCUGUGGAUGGCCAGUUAGAAACACCUGGAACUCGUUCGAAGGUCAUUGUUUGAGACUCUAAACAGGCUGCUCCGCUACAUCGGAGUGUAACGGAGAGGAUGGAGUCGUCUGCAUACAGGUGUAUCUCACUACGUUUGGUUAUAACUCAAUAAUCACAGAAUACAGACACUACGACUUCUCUCUCCUGCUGCAGAGACUGAACAGAGGAGGAACUGGGUCAUUAGCAUUAGCAUUAGCAACAUUGCAAUAUUAGCUAAUUCAGGUGACAGGCGCUGUUUUGAAGCGUUGAUCAAAAAAACAGUUGAAUGCUUCUCCUGUAAAUGUGGCGAUCAGGUGAACAGAGAUCAUUUAAAGAAAGAAUGUGUGACUUUUUGAUCCAGUAGAUGUCGCUCCCAGCAUGAAACCAUAAACCAUGUAUUGGAAUAAGCCCCGCCCCCUCUGCACUGUAACCAGGUGAUGCUCUUGUGUAAAUAUGUUUCUUUCACAGCUGAUUGUUCUCUAACAGCCGAUAAACGUUUGUACAGAAUUUAUUUUUAUGACGCUGUAACACUUUAUACUUUUUACAAAAAUAAAACAAGUGAAAGGAGA